GUCACGUAUCUUAAGAGUUGUUUACAAAUGGCCGACAUUUGACGGCAGGUGCGUCCAUAAGUGUAUUUUAUUUUACUGAUUAAGUAGUUGGUUUCCUCCUGAUUUGCUAGAGACAAGAAACAAUAACUAUGGCAACAGGUGGACAUGGCAGGGAGAGAAUGGGGCCAGAAGGAGACUCUGGUGAAGAUAGUGACAAUAAAAACACUGUCACCACAACUGUUAAAACAGAGACCACCACAGAAGAAGUCAAUGUUACACAACAAGUGGAAGAAGAAUAUAAAUAUGAGCCACCAAAGUUUGAUAAUACGUUACCAGAUUUGUAUCGACUCCUUGAGACAAUGGAGAAGGAAGAGGGUGACCUUGGCAACAAAAAGCAACCUCCAUCACUGUUUACUAGACCAGAACAUGUUGAAAAAUACCAAAAAAUCACCAAAUUGAAGCUUGAAAUGGAAGAAUCAGAGAUGAGUCCGUAUCUUGAUCAUUUUGAGGCAGGAGUACGUGAUGACCUGUUGAUGAUUGGCAAUGUUUCAUUAGAGGACGUACAGACUGAGGAGAAACAACUGAGAGAUGAACAUAUACAAUAUCUUGAACAAGAGGCUAAUGAGGCGAGGAGUCGACAUCAAGAGUUACUUAGACGUGAAGAAGAUGCUAAGAAAAGGGUGGCUAAAUACACUCAGGAUAGGAGAGAAGAUCUUCAGAGGAGGGAGGAGAUGAUACGACAGAGGGAGAAGUUAUUGAUGGAAAGAUUACAUCAAUCAUUUCGCCGUGCUGAAAGUCAGCUUAUCAGUGUACUUGAACGAAGGAAGGGUGAAGUUAAGUCAUUUUUUGGUGACUUGAUGAUGACUGAAGUGCAGUAUGGUGGGACAAGAGGUCGAAGGUGGAAAGUAGACUGGAACUUGACACCACAGCCUGUUCAAGUAAAGUUGAAAUGUUUACGUGGUGUGAAAGAUAAACUUCCUAGGGGACGUUAUGUAAUGAUGGUAUCACUAUAUGACAGACUUGGAGGUAAUAUCCUCCGCUGGAGUGAGAUGAAGGGACAGCAUUGGGGAGCGGCCACAGCUCCUGUACAUCAUGAAGGAGGAUUUCACAAUGUGGAACUGAAGUUUGACCAGUGCAUGUUUACAGUUUUACCAUCAAAGGCAUCCCUGAAGCCAGGAAUGGUUGUGGUGUUUGAGUUGUAUCUGUUAAGGGGUUCUGUAGUGUCCACUGACAAGGUGGUUGCCUGGGGUUGUGCCCCAGUUUGUGAUGCCCAGUUUGAAGUUAUUGAGGGAAAAUACAGAGUUCCUUUCCUUCGUGGAGAGAUGGACCCUCAAAUAGAAAAACAUGAGAUGAUAGAACAACUCAUAUCUGGUGAACUUGACCACUGGUUGUGUAACCUUUAUCUGGAAAUUGUCAAGUUACCAAGGUAUUUGGCAGGCAUGAAGGAGUAUGAAGUAGAAUUAGAAUUCUCCUCAGCUAUGACAGCCUACCCUGACAGAAGGCGUACAGGGGGUGAUGAGUAUAGAGAUGGUGAGGCCCCAAUACUUGGCUCCCAGAGUGAUAUCAAUAGUGAGAUGGGAUCAAGGUCUAGUCUUCAAAGUUCUGAGCCUCCUGGUUAUAACAUGCCUACUUCACGCACCACAGCUACUGUGUCUAAGGUCAAACUAGAGCAUCUAGGGAUAAAGGAGUCCGACAAGGCAACAAUGUAUGGUUCAAGAAAGAUGCACAAGGACAAGAAACUUGACCUGCUACUGAUGGAAGACAGUGAUCCAGAAGACAGUGAACCAGAAGAUGUCAAGGCCAUAAAACAUGAAGAAGAGUUCAAAAAGGUCAAACAUAUGCCUGGAAUGUACUACAAGAAAUAUGAGAAGAACCCUGUUGAUGCAUAUCAUGAUAAGUUAUACACUGUGCUGCCAAAGACAGCUAUCAUUGAGCCUAACUAUACUGCAAAGAAACUUACACACCUUGAAGAACUGGAGAAACACACCAUGUCUGUACAAGAUCCAUUGGCUGGUAUGGGUCGUCCACAGCGUAAAGCGUAUGAGAAAAUGGAAUAUGUGGCACGUCAGUUUAUGUCUGAACUGGGUAUAGCACAGUGGCGUGGUCGUGAAUUCUGGGGUAUGAUGUUCAUGCUGACAAUGGUGUUCUUUCUGAGGGUAUUUGUACAUUACAUGGGCCAGUGGUUCUUUCUGAGCUCUAUCAAUAUUCCAAUCAACAUGUUCAACUUCCUCCCGUAUACAGUAGAACUGAAUUAUCAGCCAACCUUACUCUCCAGUCAACAGGAAAUUGCUGUUGUUAUCCUUGGACCAAUGUUUAAUCUUCUGGUUUUCAUUCUACUGAUUGCCAUGUGUGCAGUUUUCCAGAAAAUAUUCGACCAUUUUCCAGAUUUCGGAUGCAAGUUUGUGAUGGCCUAUGGCAUCAUGACAUUCCUUGACCCAAUUUUGACCCUUGCCAUGGACUGUAUACUGAAGCGUUAUGAAGAUGAUAGUGCCACUCCGACCGCUGACUUUGUCAAACUCUGGUACCAUUUCUACCGUGUUGAAGGUUCAGGACUGGGUGGGGUUUUUGUAACAGCCUUUCUGUACCUAGGUUUUAUGUUUGUGACAGGAGCUUUCGUCUACAUGUACUUCCUUAGGUUACACAACAAUGGUCGUCUGUUGGACAUUUACUGGCGUCUUCGUGGAAAGGAAGAGAAUUUCUUCGUACCGUAUGAUCUGGAGUUAUCUAAUCAGGAAUUACAUUACAUUGUGAACAGAGCGGAGGCGUGGCGUGGUGAAGAAGGUGAACGAAGGAAAGUAGCUGUGUUUGACUAUGUCUGGGAGGAAGAAGAUAUGGAGGAGAGUAUAUGGAAUGAGUGUACACUAGAGGAAGAUGAACAAAGACGUAAAGAGACACACAAGGAGAUAACUACUCAUGUAGCUAUACACACUGUACAUCUUGAUGGGCUCCGACAACUCUACAGACAGUUUCUACGUCUUCCAGAUGGAGCUGUUGUUGAGGUAUUUGGUGAUAUGGCUAUACCUGGUAUGGACAAGGAGAUAAAGGAUGCUAUGACUAAAGGAACUCAAGGGAUAGAGAAACUGUUUGGCUCCCAGACAAGCCUUAGAGACAGGAAGGUGAACGGAAGGGAAACUGUGACCACAGCAAGUGGUUUCCGUGACAAUGAGAGACCAUCAUCUUCAGCUUCAAGCAGUGGCUCUUCCUCCAUUCCAAAGAAAAAGAUGUGGUAAAUUCUUUCCAGAAGGGCUAUCAUUACAAAGUUACCACUAACUAAGACAUAUAAGAUGAUGUGAUAAAUUAAGACAUUCAGAAACUGACUGUGAUACUUACUGUCUUUACAUGUGGUUCCUUUUCAUGACUUUUGAUUUUUAUAUAGCAACAGCAUUUUGUUUAUUUCGCAAUGAAAAGGUGAAAAUUUUACCAUAAAUUUCUCAAAAAAUCUGCUACUUAAUUAUUUGUAUGGUAUAUGUAUGUAUAACAUAAAAUAUUCUAUCCCUGAGUGUACUGUGAAUUUUUAUACAUUUUAAGUAUUUUUGUUUAAAAUUUAAAAGCAAGGAAUGUGAUUUUAAAGCUUUAUUCAUAAUUAAUUUAAAUUUAAGAUAUGACUUUUUUUAUUGACAAUCAUAAUUGUAUUAAUCAAACUUAAUUUAGCCUGCAGCUGAAUCCCAAUAUUAUUGUUAAGUUUUAAUUGUUAUGUAUUUUAUUGGCAGUCUAUAAUCAAAUGCCUCUUUCUUUUUCUAUAAUAUUUAAAAUAGUAAAGUCAAUUUAUUUACUAGAUACAAUAUUGGAAUUGGUCCAGCAGGCUAGAAAAUGAUCAAAAGUUACCUAAAUAUACAAUUGAAAGUACCUAUACUGAAAUGUUCUUCUUUGUUAGAUAUUUUUAAUUUAUUUUUUUAUAUAAUUUAUAUAUGUAUACACUUUAAUCGAGGACAAAAUCCAUUUUUUGGAAUGAUUUAAGAAUUUUACUAACAGUUACUAAAACUUUAAAUUUUGAAUUUUUAACUGAUAUUUAGUUACAUGAAAUUUAUUAAUGUAAAAAUAAUAUGUAGUUUUUUAAAGACUAAUUUUGCAUUAAAUUAACAUUAAAAAUUAGUCAACAACAUUGUUAAAGAUUUGCCUGAAAUUUUAUUAUCUUAAAUUUACAUGUAAAAUAACUUGAUAUAUGAUGGUUUGAUUUCUUAUUCGAGCAAUUUCUCAUUAUUUGAAAGUACUCUGUCCAGAUGUUUGUUAUUUUAUUUAGAUUUGUUCUUUGUUUAUUUGUGUGCAAUUCAAGAUAAACGCAUUUAUUUUUAGCUCCUCUUAUAAAAAAAAGGGGAGCUCUUGUCAUGACCCUCUUGUCAGCAUAGGCGUUGGUUAACCUUUUGGUUAAGGUCCAUUUUCUCAGAAACUAUAAAAGCUAUCCACUUCAAACUUUGAUCUACAUGCUUAUUGUCAUAAAAGGACACCAUUUCAAAAGUGCAGAUAACCCUAAGUAAUUUUUUUUGCAAACUUUAGCCCCUUUUUUCAACUUAGAUUUUAAGCGCUGUUUAUUUUUGUUGUAAAUGUCCAUUUUCACAUAGGUAAUUCACUUCAAGCUUGAUUUACAUGUUUACUAUCAAAAUACAACAGCAUUUCAGAAGGGCAGAUAAUGCUAAAAUAUUUGCCUCUUUUUUCAAUCAAAAACUUUUGAAGGCAUUCACUUCAAACUUGAAAUAUUUGUUAACUAUCAAGGGCAGAUAAGUCUGGUAAGCAUGUUGCAAAAUUAUUCACCCUUUUGCAUGUCGCUUUUAUUUUACUAUCUAGCACUGAGAAAAGUGUGUGUUUCUAUCUGUUUAAGAUUAGAUUUGAUAAUUUCUUGUUUUUUGUUGUUUUUUUCUUUUGUUGUUUUUUCUUGGAAAAUUUCAAAAUGCAAAGUUAUUUUCAAAAGAUAGAAGAUUAAACAGUUUCUUAAGAUUUUAGGUAACUUAAUUUUAAAUUUAUAACCUAGAUGUAAAUGUUUUGUUUAAUAAUAUAAAAAUUACAGACAUACUUAAAGUGACAUUAUGCUCAUUUGCUUCAUUGUCAAGUUGAGCUGAAUGGCCAUAUAUUUUAAAAUAUUGACUAUUAUAAUGGUGAUUGACCAACAGUUGAUCUAAGAAAAUGUUUACAAUAGAAUAUAAAUCUGCCUAAAAUACAAAACACUGUCCCACUCUUUUUAUAAAUCAAACUUCAAGGUUCUGAUAUUUGUACAAAUUGCCUUUUGGCCAAUUUGUUAAUACAAAGUUAAUUUUAAAUUGAAAGGAAUUACUGUAAAAUGUGAACUUAUUUUAACUUUUACCUGUUCACUCACUGUUCACACUUGGAAUGGCAUAAUGUCACUUUAAUUACAUGUGUUAUAGUUAUAGAUUUUAUUUUUAGUUUUUACCUUUCUUUAUUAACAUUUUACCAUAAUCUUUCUUUUAUUUUUCUUUAUAAAGUUGUUACCUCUAGUUUAAUAUUUAUGUAUUAUGUAUGUUGAACAUUUAUAUUGUAUAUAUGAUACAUUGAAAUAUUCUGUGGCUGUUCUCUUACACAGUAUGUUUUGUUUUUUAUUGGCUGCUGGCAGCAUUUUCAAGUUUUGUACUGAAGUUUUCAUAUACAAGGGCUGUAGUUAUAUCUGUACACGUUAAACAACGAUCUGUCAGAGAUUAUAAAUGGUUCAUAAAUCAAGAAAAAGAAAUGUACAACAAAAUAAAUAUAAAACUAUGUAAGGCAAGUUUCUCAUAAGAAUGAAUUCUAGCAAAUUCUAUAUCUAUACAAAUAUACCUCCAGAUUAAUGAGAAUUAAGAAUACAUUUUCAUAAAAUAGUAAAUCAAACUGACAUUAGUAUCCAAGUUGAUGUAUGAAUGUGUUUUUAAUGCAGUUAAAUGUAGUUUUUAUUUGACUUUUAUUGAUUGUUCAAAAGGACAAAUAACAGCAGUGAAACUAACAACAUAAAUAAAUUAUCUGAUUCUUGUGUAAUAAACACAUUAAUUAACACAUUUUCUUUAUUUUAGAGGAAAAAUAAAUAGAGAGACCCUGUGGUAUUUUAAUACUUGAAAUAAUUAGGGGAAAAAACCUGUGAAGCUGCUCAAAUAUUUGAUCAUAUGUAAUUGACAAUGAUUGUAGAUUUUUGAUACAGAAAAGAAGAAAUAUAUGCUUUGCAUAAAGAUAUUACAUUCCAGCAAAAAUUACAUUCUUAUAACUUGUAUACAUGUAUGUAUUUCUAAUAAUGCUUUCCUUUGUAGAAUAAAAUAUCUCUUCCUUA